AUGCCUAAUUCUGGCAUCGCGCUGCGGGUUAGGGGCUUUGCUCAGCCACCUCCUGGCAGAGGGUUGCGCCUCGGGGUCUCGCCCCUCAACGCCGGAUGGGAGCUCUCGGCAUGGGUUCCCGGAGGGAGUGCCGGGACGGCUGAGGGGAGCGCGCGGCCAGCCCGCCUGCUGCGGGCUCUGCCUGCGGAGUUUGGAGUGGCUACCGGGUGUGUGUGUGUCAAGUUGGAAGAGGAGAACGGACGGCUUUUCUCUCCCUCCUUCUCCUUUACCUUAAAGAAAGCAAGGGCUGCAACGACUUCCCAGGGUGGAGAGGGAGACAACAGUCGCGGAGAGAGAACAUCCCCAAAACAGAAGGGAGGCGCAGAACCUUCCCUCUGCCUUCCACAUUCCCGGAGUGCGGAAUGUGGCACCGUCCUCAGAAGAGCCGCUCUGACAGUCCGGCCCGAGCCUUCCUCCUCCCUCCCAUCCCGGGUUACCCGGUUUAUUGCCAGUUUUCGAGGAACUGUGCCAUAUGGUCUGUCAUUGGAAAUUGGAGAUACAGUUCAGAUCCUGGAGAAGUGUGAUGGCUGGUACAGAGGAUUUGCCUUAAAAAACCCAAAUAUCAAGGGUAUAUUUCCUUCCAGCUACGUUCACUUGAAAAAUGCCUGUGUAAAGAACAAAGGACAAUUUGAAAUGGUUAUUCCCACUGAAGACUCUGUGAUCACAGAAAUGACAUCAACAUUAAGAGACUGGGGAGCUAUGUGGAAACAACUCUAUGUGAGAAAUGAAGGUGAUCUCUUCCACCGACUGUGGCAUAUCAUGAAUGAAAUCCUGGAUCUGCGGCGGCAGGUGUUGGUGGGGCACCUCACCCAUGACCGGAUGAAGGACGUGAAGCGUCACAUCACCGCCCGCCUGGACUGGGGCAACGAACAACUGGGACUGGACCUGGUGCCUAGGAAAGAGUAUGCGAUGGUGGAUCCAGAGGACAUCAGCAUUACUGAGCUCUACCGAUUGAUGGAGCAUCGACAUCGGAAGAAAGAUACCCCUGUGCAGGCCAGCAGUCACCACCUCUUUGUGCAGAUGAAGAGUCUCAUGUGUUCCAAUCUGGGAGAGGAGCUUGAGGUCAUCUUUUCACUGUUUGACAGUAAAGAGAAUCGGCCAAUCAGUGAGAGAUUUUUCUUGAGGCUAAAUAGAAACGGGCUUCCCAAAGCCCCAGAUAAACCAGAACGGCACUGCUCUCUCUUCGUGGAUUUGGGUAGCAGUGAGCUCAGAAAGGACAUCUAUAUCACUGUGCACAUCAUCCGAAUCGGUCGAAUGGGGGCAGGAGAAAAAAAGAAUGCCUGCAGUGUCCAGUAUCGGCGACCCUUUGGCUGUGCAGUUCUUAGCAUUGCUGACCUGCUGACUGGAGAGACGAAAGAUGACCUCAUCCUGAAAGUGUACAUGUGUAAUACAGAGAGUGAGUGGUACCAAAUCCACGAGAAUAUCAUCAAGAAGUUGAAUGCGCGUUAUAAUUUGACCGGCUCCAAUGCAGGUUUAGCUGUUUCUUUACAACUCUUACAUGGAGACAUUGAACAAAUCAGAAGGGAAUACUCAUCAGUAUUUUCUCAUGGAGUAUCCAUCACCAGGAAGUUGGGUUUCUCUAAUAUUAUUAUGCCUGGUGAAAUGCGGAAUGAUUUAUAUAUCACUAUAGAAAGGGGAGAAUUUGAGAAAGGAGGAAAGAGUGUGGCCAGAAACGUGGAAGUUACGAUGUUCAUUGUAGAGAGUAGUGGCCAGACCCUGAAGGAUUUUAUAUCCUUCGGCUCUGGAGAGCCACCGGCUAGCGAGUACCACUCCUUUGUGCUUUAUCAUAACAACAGCCCCAGGUGGUCCGAGCUGCUGAAACUUCCUAUCCCCGUGGAUAAAUUCAGGGGUGCACACAUCCGCUUCGAGUUUCGGCAUUGUUCCACAAAGGAGAAAGGAGAGAAGAAAUUGUUUGGCUUCUCCUUUGUUCCCCUGAUGCAGGAAGAUGGUAGGACACUUCCAGAUGGCACGCAUGAGCUCAUUGUGCAUAAGUGUGAAGAAAACACAAAUCUUCAGGAUACUACCCGCUACCUCAAACUUCCUUUUUCCAAGGGCAUUCUCCUUGGGAAUAAUAAUCAAGCCAUGAAGGCCACAAAGGAGUCUUUUUGGAUAACAUCUUUUCUCUGUUCCACAAAACUCACACAAAAUGGUGAUAUGCUUGAUCUUUUGAAAUGGAGAACCCACCCAGACAAGAUCACAGGCUGUCUCUCUAAAUUAAAAGAAAUUGAUGGCUCCGAGAUAGUAAAGUUUCUGCAAGAUACACUGGAUACCUUAUUUGGAAUUUUAGAUGAAAAUUCCCAAAAAUAUGGGUCUAAAGUGUUCGAUUCAUUGGUUCACAUAAUCAAUUUGCUGCAAGAUAGCAAAUUUCAUCAUUUUAAACCUGUAAUGGACACUUACAUUGAGAGUCAUUUUGCUGGGGCACUUGCAUACAGAGAUCUCAUCAAAGUACUCAAGUGGUAUGUGGACCGGAUCACAGAAGCGGAGAGACAAGAGCACAUCCAGGAGGUGCUGAAGGCCCAAGAAUAUAUUUUUAAGUAUAUUGUUCAGUCUCGAAGGCUGUUUUCCCUUGCCACUGGAGGACAGAAUGAGGAGGAAUUUCGCUGCUGUAUUCAGGAACUGCUCAUGUCAGUUCGUUUUUUUCUUUCACAAGAAAGCAAAGGAUCUGGAGCAUUAUCUCAAUCACAGGCUGUGUUUCUGAGCUCCUUCCCAGCUGUGUAUUCGGAGCUGUUGAAGCUCUUUGACGUCCGGGAGGUGGCCAACUUGGUCCAGGACACCCUGGGCAGUCUGCCGACCAUCGUGCACGUGGAUGACGCCCUGCAGGCCGUUAAACUGCAGUGCAUUGGCAAGACUGUGGAAAGCCAGCUCUAUACCAACCCAGAUUCCCGGUACAUUCUCUUACCUGUCGUGUUACAUCACCUCCACAUGCACUUGCAAGAACAGAAGGACCUGAUCAUGUGUGCACGGAUCCUUAGCAACGUAUUUUGUCUCAUCAAGAAGAAUAGCUCAGAAAAAUCUGUGCUGGAGGAAAUAGAUGUGAUAGUGGCCAGCCUGCUGGACAUACUGCUGAGAACCAUCUUGGAGAUCACCAGUCGUCCGCAGCCAUCUGGCUCCACCAUGAGGCUUCAGUUCCAGGAUGUCACGGGGGAGUUUGUUGCUUGUCUCCUGUCCUUAUUACGGCAAAUGACAGAUAGACAUUAUCAGCAGCUUCUUGAUAGUUUCAAUACAAAAGAAGAACUAAGGGAUUUCCUGCUGCAGAUAUUUACUGUGUUCCGAAUAUUGAUACGCCCAGAGAUGUUUCCAAAGGACUGGACUGUCAUGCGCUUGGUGGCUAACAACGUCAUUAUUACAACAGUUCUGUACCUGUCAGAUGCACUUCGGAAGAACUUCUUAAAUGAAAACUUUGAUUAUAAGAUCUGGGAUUCCUACUUUUACCUUGCGGUCAUUUUUAUAAACCAGUUGUGUCUGCAGUUAGAGAUGUUUACACCUUCCAAAAAGAAAAAGGUAUUAGAAAAAUAUGGUGACAUGAGGGUAACAAUGGGUUGUGAAAUUUUCAGCAUGUGGCAAAAUCUAGGAGAGCACAAGCUUCAUUUCAUUCCUGCCCUGAUUGGCCCCUUCCUGGAAGUAACCUUAAUACCCCAGCCAGAUCUCCGCAAUGUCAUGAUUCCUAUUUUCCACGAUAUGAUGGACUGGGAGCAGAGGCGGAGUGGCAAUUUUAAACAGGUGGAAGCCAAGCUCAUUGACAAACUGGACAGCCUGAUGUCCGAAGGCAAAGGUGAUGAAACCUACCGAGAGCUCUUCAACAGUAUAAUUCCACUCUUUGGUCCCUAUCCUAGUCUACUAAAGAAAAUUGAGCGGGAAACAUGGAGAGAAAGUGGCGUUUCCUUAAUCGCCACUGUAACUCGGCUGAUGGAGAGGUUGUUAGAUUACAGGGACUGCAUGAAAAUGGGCGAGGUAGAUGGCAAAAAGAUUGGCUGCACCGUGAGCCUCCUGAACUUCUAUAAGACUGAACUGAACAAGGAAGAGAUGUAUAUUCGCUACAUCCACAAACUCUAUGAUCUGCACCUCAAAGCACAAAAUUUCACAGAGGCUGCAUAUACGCUGUUGUUAUAUGAUGAGCUGCUGGAAUGGUCUGAUCGGCCCCUCCGGGAGUUCCUGACCUACCCCAUGCAAACGGAAUGGCAGCGCAAGGAGCACCUGCACCUCGCCAUCAUCCAGAACUUUGACAGAGGCAAGUGUUGGGAGAACGGCAUCAUCUUGUGCCGGAAGAUUGCAGAGCAGUACGAGAGUUACUAUGAUUACAGAAACCUGAGCAAGAUGAGGAUGAUGGAGGCCUCUUUGUAUGACAAAAUUAUGGACCAGCAACGUCUUGAACCAGAGUUCUUCAGAGUUGGAUUUUAUGGGAAAAAAUUUCCAUUUUUCUUAAGAAAUAAAGAGUUUGUGUGUCGAGGGCAUGACUACGAAAGACUGGAGGCCUUCCAGCAGAGAAUGCUGAAUGAGUUCCCCCACGCCAUCGCCAUGCAGCAUGCCAACCAACCCGAUGAGACCAUCUUCCAGGCAGAAGCUCAGUAUUUGCAGAUAUACGCCGUGACUCCCAUCCCAGAAAGCCAGGAGGUCCUUCAGAGAGAAGGUGUUCCAGACAACAUCAAAAGUUUCUAUAAAGUGAAUCACAUCUGGAAAUUCCGCUACGACAGACCAUUUCACAAAGGCACGAAAGAUAAGGAGAAUGAAUUCAAGAGUCUCUGGGUGGAAAGAACAUCACUAUACUUGGUGCAGAGUUUACCUGGAAUUUCCCGCUGGUUUGAAGUGGAGAAGCGUGAAGUGGUAGAAAUGAGUCCUCUGGAAAAUGCCAUUGAAGUGCUGGAGAAUAAGAAUCAGCAGCUGAAGACUCUGAUUAGUCAGUGUCAGACAAGACAGAUGCAGAAUAUUAAUCCCCUAACCAUGUGCCUGAAUGGAGUUAUAGAUGCUGCUGUUAAUGGUGGAGUUUCCAGGUAUCAAGAGGCAUUCUUUGUCAAAGAAUAUAUCUUAAGUCACCCUGAAGAUGGAGAGAAAAUCGCACGGUUAAGAGAGCUGAUGCUUGAGCAGGCACAGAUUUUGGAAUUUGGCUUGGCCGUGCACGAGAAGUUUGUGCCUCAGGAUAUGAGACCCCUUCACAAGAAGCUGGUCGACCAGUUCUUUGUGAUGAAGUCCAGCUUGGGAAUCCAGGAAUUCUCCGCUUGUAUACAAGCCAGUCCAGUCCAUUUUCCUAAUGGAAGCCCUCGUGUGUGUAGAAACUCAGCACCUGCUUCCAUGAGCCCAGAUGGUACCAGGGUAAUUCCUCGACGCAGCCCAUUAAGUUACCCAGCUGUCAACCGAUACUCUUCCUCCUCACUGUCCUCACAAGCGUCUGCUGAAGUAAGCAAUAUUACAGGGCAAUCAGAAAGCUCUGAUGAAGUCUUUAACAUGCAGCCAAGUCCAUCUACCUCAAGCUUGAGUUCUACUCACUCCGCCUCACCUAAUGUGACAAGUUCUGCUCCCUCGAGUGCCAGAGCUUCUCCUUUGUUGUCUGACAAACACAAACAUUCCAGAGAGAACUCUUGCCUGUCCCCAAGGGAGCGGCCAUGCAGUGCCAUCUAUCCGACACCUGUGGAACCUUCUCAGAGGCUGCUGUUUAAUCACAUUGGAGAUGGAGCCUUGCCACGCAGUGACCCCAAUCUUUCGGCACCUGAGAAAGCUGUGAACCCCACCCCCAGCAGCUGGAGCCUGGACAGUGGGAAGGAAGCCAAGAGCACAGCAGGCGGUGGGAAGCUCCCCUCUCCCCCCAUCCCUCCACGGCCCGCACAGACUGCUUCACCAGCAAGACACACGGCAUCAGUAUCCCCUUCGCCUGCUGGGCGAUCUCCACUGAAGGGCUCCGUGCAGUCCUUCACCCCCUCUCCCGUGGAGUACCACUCCCCAGGACUCAUCUCCAACUCCCCCGUGCUGUCGGGCAGCUACAGCAGUGGGAUUUCGUCCCUCAGCCGGUGUAGCACGUCAGAGACCUCAGGCUUUGAAAAUCAGGUGAAUGAACCUUCUGCGGCGCCGCUGGGGUCGGGGCCGGGCUACGGCUGCGGGUCGGAGGAGCCGGUGCGUAAGGAGAGCAAGACGCCGCCGCCGUACAGCGUGUACGAGCGGACUCUGCGGCGCCCCGUGCCGCUACCUCACAGCCUCUCCAUCCCCGUCACCGCCGAGCCGCCCGCCUUGCCCCCCAAGCCCCUGGCGGCGCGGUCGGGCCACCUGGAGAACGGGACCAGGAGGACGGACCCCGGCCCGCGGCCCAGGCCCCUGCCCCGGAAAGUCUCCCAGUUAUAA